UAGAAGCCACCCAAUUAAAUACGCCCUCACUAAACUUCCUUUACCUUUCAUCCAGUAAUAUAAAACCAACCGCUUGUCGGCGCAAUAAGGAAGGGCCCACACCGCGGAAAGCAUUCCACGGAGACUUUUCACUUGCUGCUGCUUUUACGUUUUAGGUUUUCACAUUAAACUACCACCAUGUCAGACGCCGAGCAGCAGUAUAUGGAAACCUCAGAAAACGGCCACGAGGACGACCUGAACGGAGCCGGGCAGUACGAGGAGGGCAACGGGGAAGCGCAGGCCGGAGCGCAGGGGGACGCCGGGGCCGACGACACGGCCGGGGACGAGGAAGACCCGCAAAAUGGUUCGUCGGACGGGGGGCAGAUUGAUGCCAGCAAAGGAGAGGAAGAUGCGGGGAAAAUGUUUGUUGGGGGCCUCAGCUGGGACACGAGUAAAAAGGAUCUUAAAGAUUACUUCUCAAAAUUUGGAGAGGUGACGGACUGCACCAUCAAAAUGGACCCCAACACUGGGCGAUCAAGGGGAUUUGGGUUUAUUCUUUUUAAAGAGUCUGCCAGUGUAGAUAAGGUUUUAGCACAAAAAGAGCACAGACUGGAUGGACGGCAGAUUGACCCCAAGAAGGCAAUGGCAAUGAAGAAAGAACCCGCUAAGAAGAUAUUUGUCGGCGGACUGAACCCUGAAACUACAGAAGAGAGGAUCCGCGAGUAUUUUGGUGCCUUUGGCGAGAUUGAGACUAUUGAACUUCCAAUGGACCCAAAGACAAAUAAGAGGAGAGGGUUUGUCUUUAUUACCUUCAAGGAAGAAGAGGAUGUCAAGAAAGUUUUGGAAAAGAAAUAUCACAACGUCAGUGGAACCAAGGACAUAAAUGGAAAAGAAGGCCUCUGCGAGAUUAAGAUUGCGCAGCCAAAAGAAGUGUACCAGCAGCAGCAGUAUGGAGGUCGUUUUGGAGGGAGAGGAAGGGGGCGUGGAGGCCAGGGUCAGAACUGGAAUCAGGGCUACAAUAACUACUGGAAUCAAGGCUACGGUAACCAGGGAUAUGGCUACGGCGGCCAGCAAGGUUACGGUGGAUACGGAGGCUACGGCAACUAUGAUUACACAGGGGGCUACUACGGCUACGGCGGCGGAUAUGACUACAACCAGGGCAAUACAAGCUAUGGAAAAACUCCAAGACGUGGGGCUCACCAGAGUAGCUACAAGCCAUACUGAUCAUGUGUAGUGCAGGUCGUAAAGCUACCGAGCAGGAACCAGCGGUCUGGUCACAGUGAACAUUUGGGUCUUUUACUUUUGGAAGUUGGCAGAAUCUGGACUUCUGCUUCAUUUUGUACAGAAAACAUAAGGAACUGGGGGGCGCAAAUGUCACUUCACAUUUGUUUUAUAAUUUUUUUUUUUUGUUUGUUUUUUUUUUUUCUUCCAGUUUGUGUCCUUUUUACAUUUCCAGAGAUGGAAGUGUUAUUUUUUUACUGUACUUUUUGGUACCUUUUUGAAUCUAUUGUAUUGUAUGGUUGUAUUUUACAUCAUGGCUGUGUCUACCACAUCUAGGCUCAGAGCCCUCAAAAUGCUUUCAAAAUAAAAAGUUUUGAUUAAUUUUUCUUUAGUGUUUCUAGAUUUAUUUUUUUCCUUUGUCACCUUUGCUUUGUUUUGCAAAGCUGCAUGGCUUCAAGGUGAGAUGAAAAGGGAUUUCCUACCGAAUGUAAGCUUGUCCAUUGAAAUCUGUUAGUGGCAAGUCUUGGUGACCUUUUAUUUUUAUUUUUUUUUGUUUUGUUUUUUUUUUCUCUCUACUGUUUCAAAGGAGAGAUCCUCUCAUCUUGUUAGAUAUUUAAGAGUGGCUUUAAUAGUGAUUCAGCUAUACCUCAAAACAUACACAGGUAACUGUAACAUGAUUCUUUCUCGAAACACUGGAUACACAUUUCUCCAGUGUCUUGGACAAAUUUCAAGAAAUAAACUUGAUUUUUAAGAUG